UCUGAAUAGUCACUAAACAAAUGGUUAUAAGUCAAGGAUUAUUUUAAUAGGCCAUGAGUUCAGCAUUUUGACAGAAAAGUAUAUGCAGUGCACCUCUAAUGAAAAGAUGCAAUAUACCUGUAUUUUUGCAUUCGAUGCCUUUCCCAUCUUCGUUUCCUGCUGGAUUACUUGUCUUUUGCCAUUCAAAUUAUUUUAGUUUAUUUCUGCCCCAAAGAUGAAAGCUGCUCUGGAUGUAGUUAAAACCAGCUUCUCAUUCCUGCACGCUCCAUGCAAUUCAUUCCAUUCUGGAUAAGUCUAUUAAUAUAGUCUUCUAUUUAUAUGCUGGCCCUUUACAGCACAGGGUUGAGAGCUGCAGCUGUGCAACUGAAACAAACCUCCUACAAGUCACUUGGGAAAAAGUGACCAGUUGAGAAAGAGAAGAAAAAGUAACAGGAGUGCAGCGAGAGUGCUUGGUGGGCAGAACCCAGCAGGGCACAUUUGAUGGAUCAUAACUGCAGCACAGACAAAGACAGGUCAAUACUUUUACUGCAGAGGCAAAUCCGUCUCAAAAAGCUGUCAGAAACACGUACUAUGCCUGCCGCAUAAAUAGCAGCCAGCAAAGAUUUAGGUGGAGGGGAUACAAAGCUUCUUCUCGCAGUAUUUCCUGCUUAGUCAUUGAGCUUCUGAUAGGACAAGGACAAGAGGAACCAGAUCCAACCACAAAAGGGAAUCUAGGACUUCCGAUCCAGCAAUGGAGAGAUCAAGCAGGACAUACCUCAAUGUGGAUGCAGUGGCCUCUUGGGUGGGAGUCACUCGACUCUUGCAGGCCAUGUUUGGAUGUGCUACAUUCAGCCUUGUGGCCCACCGAGGGGGAUUCAGCGCAGCCUAUGGCUCUUUCUGUAUGUCGGUCUGGUGCUUUUGCUUUGCCGUCACCGUCUUCAUCCUCACCUGCGAAUUUACUCGCCUCCAUAGCUGCCUAAGCAUCUCCUGGGGGAAUUUCACAGCUGCUUUUGCCAUGCUCGCCACCCUCAUGUCCAUCACCGCCGCUGUGAUCUAUCCACUCUACGUCCAGUUUGACUGCGAUUCCAAUAGUUGCGAGGUGAGAAACUUCCGCAUUGCCAGUAGUGUUUUUGCAGGGCUUCUGUUUGGGGCAUAUGCCACAGAAGUAUUUUUAACAAGGGCCAAACCAGGACAGGUAACAAGUUAUAUGGCCACAGUUUCAGGCCUCUUGAAAAUUGUCCAGUCCUUUGUAGCAUGCAUCAUCUUUGGCGCUCUGGCGAAGGACAGCCAAUACAAUAAGUACGCAGCUACCCAGUGGUGUGUGGCUGUUUACAGCUUCUGCUUUGUGGUAACUGUGGUUGUGGUGGCUCUCAACGUCACAGGAAAGACAGCAACACUGAAAUGCCCCUUUGAGCACUUUGUGGUCGUUUACACAUUCGUGGCUAUCCUGAUGUAUGUGAGCGCUGCAGUGAUAUGGCCGAUUUUCUGCUUUGAUAGUAAAUAUGGCUCUCCACAACGUCCCUACCAGUGUUCCCGAGCCAUGUGUCCAUGGGACAACCAAGUGGUCAUUGCGGUAUUCACCUAUGUGAACCUAGUACUCUACAUGGUGGAUUUAGCAUACUCGCAGCGUAUCCGCUUUGUAUCAGCUCACUAAUGCUCAGCUCGGAUGCUACAAGAAUCUUAAAUUACUUCAAGAAUGAGAGCGUUGGGACCCGUUACAAAGCCAACUGUGACAGACAAAGAAUGAACUUGAGGUGUAUCCAUGAGGGAAAACAGGAUGGUUUGAAAAAAUAUGUAAUGUGGUCUGAUGGGCCAUAAAUGGAACAUCUUCAGAAUUCUAGCUCACAGACAAGUUUAUUGUAAAAUCCAAUUCUCUUAGAACUUUUCCGAACCUGGAAUUUUCUAAACGUACAGGUAAUCCUCGUCGUAUGAUCCCAAUUGAGUCCAAAAUUUCCAUUGCUAAGCAAGACAGUUGUUAAGUGAGUUUUGCCCCUUUUUUGCUACAGUUGUUAAGCGAAUCACUGCAGUUGUUAAUAACAUGGUUGUUCAAUGAAUUAGCUUCCUCAUUGAUUUUGUCUGUCAGAAAGUGGCAAAAAGUGAUCACAAGUUCCUGGGAUAUGGCAACCAUCAUUAAUAUAUGUAAGUUGCCAAGCAUCCAAAUUUUAAUUGCUGCAAUGGCCAUAAGUGUGAAUAAUGGCCAUAGGUCAUAAGACCUAUGAUCAUCAAAUGAUGAUCAUGAUAAAAUAAUAGUACUGCAGGCCACUUUAGCUGACUGUGUUCAGCAGGUCAGUGGUUCAAAUCUCACCGGCUCAAGGUUGACUCAGCCUUCCAUCCUUUCGAGGUAGGUAAAAUGAGGACCC